AUUUCGGGCAUAUUUUUGAAUUAACAGUCACUAUCUUUGAGAGGUUAUCGGAAUAACUUAUAUUAUAUAUAGAUAUCAGAAAAUUUUAGUUACAAAAAUGGAAAAUGUAUUCGUAUUAAAGAAGUUCAGUAACAGAAGUAAUUACUGUUUUAUUCUUAUAGUUGGAAAUACUCAUUAAGAUUAAAAAAAUAUCUGUUGCCUUUGCGCACUUUACAAACAGAGACUGGGUAUAAAUAUAUUGUUUAAAAAGAAUAUAUAGAAAAUGGACGAUAACGACAUAAGCUAUGAACCAAUGGAUAUAGAUUUAAGCUCUAAUUCUUUAAGCGCAAUGGAUAUAUCAUACACGGAACCUUUAUUGGACUAUUCAAGAGUAACUAUAAAGCAGGAAAAGGAUAUGGAUAUAUCUGACUAUAUUUGCCGAUCUCCAUCACCAGUAAUAAUAAGUGAUAUUUUAAGUCCACAAUCAGUUACAGUCCCUAAGACUUGUAAUGAAACUAGUACAUCAAAUCAUAAAACCAAAUGGAUAUCAUGUUUCAUAGUGCUGUUACUCUCGUUUCUAUUAUAUAAAUUUUCCACAUUUCAAUGUUGCGAUGAUUUUCAAUUACAGUCAUUAAAAACUAUACUUCAAUCUAGAUUGUAUGGCCAACCGGCAGCCAUUGAUUCUCUUAUUAAGGCAUUAGAACCAAAUGUUAGUAAAAUGUUAAUAUUGUAUGGUGGGACAGGAGUUGGAAAAACCAUGACAGCUUCAUCGUUGUUGGAAAACAAAUGGGAUUAUGGUAACAUUUAUCACUAUACCAUGCCAAGUUUUUUGCAAACAUUUUCGACCGAGUUCAUGAUUGGACAUACAUUUUGUAAAUCAACAUUAGUGGUGUUGGAUGAUGUCCAAUUUAAUGACAUACAUAUAGUUGAGGAACAUCUUAAAGAACUAAUUGAUAAAAGCAAUAAACUGUCUAAAGUUAUAACUUUAAUACUUAUAUAUAACUGUGACGAAAACGUUAACCAAUAUGUAAACAAGUGUGAUAAUAUUUUGCUAGAAUUAAGAAAGAAAUUCUACAACAUUAAUAUCAAUAAACACUAUAUUAAAUUUAAUCCUCUGAACGAAGAACAUUUGAAGAAAUGUAUUUUAAAUGAUCUUCCAAACAAAGCAGUUGAUGAAGAUGAUUUGAAUAAAAUUGUUAAGUACUUUGAUGUGAAAUUGGAUGGUUGCAAAGGUGUAUAUAAGAAAAUGAAAUAUUUAAAUAUAGUUUAGUUAAAGGUUAGAUUUAAAAUGACUAUUGUGUAAUUUUUCAUUGAUUAGUAUAUAAACAGGUUGAUAAUUUUAUAUUUGUAGUGACUUAUCAAAUCAUAUUGGGGUUUUUAAUAAAGAAUUUGAAACGAU